AUGGAGGUGAAAGAGGAGGUGAUGGAGGUGAAAGAGGAGGUGAUGGAGGUGAAAGAGGAGGUGAUGGAGGUGAAAGAGGAGAUGAUGGAGGUGAAAGAGGAGAUGAUGGAGGUGAAAGAGGAGGUGAUGGAGGUGAAAGAGGAGGUGAUGGAGGUGAAAGAGGAGAUGAUGGAGGUGAAAGAGGAGAUGAUGGAGGUGAAAGAGGAGAUGAUGGAGGUGAAAGAGGAGGUGAUGGAGGUGAAAGAGGAGGUGAUGGAGGUGAAAGAGGAGAUGAUUUGGUAUUUGAGUCCCACCAUCCCCCACCACCCAGGGGCCUCCUCCGACAGCUGUGCCCAGUCUCCUGCCCUGAUCCCUGGGUUAGGGACAGGGGCAGUAAGCCCCGCCCCGCUGUGGGCCUCACACCUGUGGCUGUCCGUCAAACGUGAUGUGAAGAAACAGCUUGGACAAGACUGGACUUAA